AUGAGUGAGAGGACGUCUACUGAGGCCGAUGAUGUUUUAGAGUUUCUUGAAUCCCUUCCAGAGGGUAUCAAGACCACUUCUAAGGACGAAAACAAAGUCAAAAAUAAGGAUAAUGAGAUACUGGACUUUUUGGAUGAAUUGGAACAAAGUAACCUCACAUUGAACAAAGACAAAAAGCCCAAAAACAUCGAAAAGAGCGAAGGUUCUUUACAAGCAAGUGAACAAGCUACGCAAACAAAAGAUGCUGAUAACUCUGCCAACGUAGAAGCAGGUGUUGUCUCAGAAAAACAGAGUGAAUCAGCACAGGAGCAAGAUGCCGAACAAGACACAGAGGAAGCGGAAGAGGAACAAGGAGAGUUAGCAAAGGAAGAUAAUCCGUUGAAUGAUCCUAUUACAUCAUUUUCAAACUGGUGGUCAUCAUCAGGAUCUGCAACGGUUAAUGGUUUUUUUUCGAAAACCGCUGAGCAAGCUAAUCACUUAAAAGAUCGUCUUGCUCAAGAACAACAGGGCAUCACUUCAAGGCUACAAACUACAGGAAUAACUUCAAAGAUAAAUUCCUCUACAAUUUCAUCGCUUGCCAAGAACUUAACCAGAAUUGUAGUGGGUGAGACAGACGAGGUUUUGAGAAUUCAUUUGGUUCACGAUCUUGUAAACUAUCCGCUGCUGUCAUACCACGUCGAACAGCAAUUUGACAAUGUUCUGAGCUCGCAAGUUCAAAGUGGUGUCAGAAUUUUUGUAGACGAGUGGGAUCAUCCCCAUGAAGGAGAGGAGAAAAUCCAAGAUGGAAAGAGGUACCUUAAUAUGUUUAUGGGAAAAGUGGCAGAUGCUGAAAAAUUAGCAUUCGCAAACAUUGGAAAUGCCAUCAAGCUCUUCCAAAACGCAAAAGACGAGCUAUCGAAACAAAGAAUAGAAGCCAAAGGCUCAGAGUCAGGUGAAGAACUCAGCAUUUCAGAUAUCUUCGUGUCCAUUUUACCUGUCGGCAUCCCUCAGAAAAGCGAUGAUUCGGACAUCUUGACGACCGAUUCUAACCAGUCAGGCAAUUUUGCAUUUACCAUUGUCCUCAAAGACAUAACAAACGACAUCACCUCUAUUACAAGAUCGCAAGGAUUCCCUCUAAGAUGGGCUGAGUGGCUAGAGGGCACAUCAGAAUUAAGAACCAAAGAAGCCGCGAUAGAGGAGAGGGAGAAUAAAAAACCAAGUAGUGACGAAGAGGGUGAAGAAAUUGAUCCGAGCGAAUGGGUCAAAGAGUGGGUUGAAGAUGGUUUGAGCUUAGCUUUUGGAGUUGUCGCCCAGAAUUAUGUCAUCGAUCGAAUGGGAUUUUAG